AUGGAAGAUGCUAUAAUUACUUUGAGGAGGCCGAUGAGCGAAAUUAUUAGUGAAUUACGGCAUGGAAAGCAAGUGACAGAGCAGCUAAUUAGAAAGUAUGAUCAUCAGCAUCUCAACCAAUCUAAUUCAUCUCUUCAUGAAAGUGAAACACAUCAAUUCUUGGCUUCUAAGAUACUCUCUUCCUUUGAAAAAACUCUUUCGAUGCUCAAUUCUAGUGGUUUUAUGGUAGGCUAUCCUACUCAACCCACGACCACUAGCUUGCCUGAUCAAGAUUGUAUGGAACAAUGUAGCAAGAAAAGAAAGAUCAGUUCACUGCGAUGGAGCGAGCAAGUGAGGGUGUGUCCAGGGAGGGUUGAAAGACCUCCUGUGUCUGUGGAUGGUCAUAGCUGGAGGAAGUAUGGACAGAAACAAAUCCUCGGAGCCAAUUUUCCAAGGGGAUAUUAUAGAUGCACACAUCGUGACUCGCAAGGCUGUUUAGCCACAAAGCAACUCCAGCAAUCGGAUAAUGAUCCAGCCAUCUUUCUGGUCAACUAUCGAGGAGCACAUACAUGCAAUCACUUGGAACCAAUAAUGAUCAGUGUUGAAGAGUCGAGAGAUCGUAAAUCUGAUCAUCAUCAUCAGCAACAAGAAGAAAUCGAGAGAGCCAGAGUAUUUGAGGAGAUUGAUUAUUAUAAACUACUGAAGAGUACUGAUGAGGAUUUGGAAGACAUUUUCCCAUCGCUUAGUUUCUUGGAGUCCGAUUAUUUUACGGUGUCACGCAUGAACAAUUUGGAAGCAGGUCAAUCCUUCCAAUAUGAUCUCAAUCAUAUUAUUUCCACGCCCGCGGAUUUGCUCGCAAAUCCAUCCAUCGGAGACUUGGAUUUCGCCAAUAUUGAUGCCUAUUUUUGCAAAUCAUAUUGAAGCAAGCUAGAAUCAGAAUUUCACCCUUUCCUUGGAUUGUGCGUUAGAAUCUUAUAUGUAAGUAAUAUAUGUGUGUUAUAUGUAAGUAUUUCAUAUGUUACUGUUGUACGUGCAAAUUCGCAAAUGUAUUAAACUCUAGGAAAGUCUUUCCUAGAUUUUAUCA